AUGACAGGACUAGACGUCUUCCUCACCAUGACCGAGGAUACUGAAGCAACUCGCUACUGCCAUUCGAGGUCCUCGUCACCGUCCUCUUGGGUCAACAAGUUGGCCCGUAUGGCGAAAAAUGAAGAUCUCGGUGAGAAGGAGGAGUUGAUUAAGAACGAAUCUGAGAAUGCAGACACCCACAGCCUCUCCUCGAGCGUCCGCCAGCACGUCGUCGACGGCCACUUGCGGUAUCACGCUUAUCACGCAGGAAAGUACGCGUUCCCAAACGACGAGAACGAGCAGCUGCGCGAUGAUCUCAAGCACAACUUGACCAUUCAACUGUGCGGCAGCAACUACUUUUACGCCCCUGUACGCAAACUGCUCGAACGAGGGGCCAACGUGCUAGAUUUAGGCAAGCACGGGAACGGGCAAGUGGUGCAUCGAAAGGGCCCAGUGGCCGAUUCCUUUCCUGAAACCCGCUUUCAUGGCAUGGACCUUUCGCCCAUCCAGCCAAACUGGGUUCCCGAGAACACCGACUUUGUAGUCGACGACAUCGAGCACGAGGGCGGCUGGACGUACCCCCUGAACACUUUUGACUACAUCCACGUGCGCCACACGAUUCACUCGAUCAAGAAUCGUCCACAGAUGUGGGAGCGCAUCUUCAACCACUUGAAACCCGGAGGCUACGUCGAGGUCCAAGAGUUUCAGUAUGUCGCCGCCUGCGACGACGAUUCUUGUGACGGGCCCUACGCCCUGCGCGACUUUUUGAACUAUCUGCAGGCCGGCUUGGAGGCGCUGGGGUCGCAGCUCAACAGCAUCCAGCACGCCGAAGACGAGCUCCUUGCCGCCGGCUUCGAGGACUUGAGAUACCAGGAUCUCAAGUCUCCCAUCGGGCCGUGGCCCAAGAGGCCGCAGCUGAGGGAAUGCGGCAGCAUUCUACGAGACGUCAUCAUGUGGGGGCUCAUCGGCCUCGCGCGGAGGCCCUUCCGCGAUGGCCUCGGUUGGACGAGCGUGCAGAUCGAGAUGUUCCUCAUCGAGGUGCGCAAGGAUCUGGCUCGAGAGGUCGACGGCGUGCCCGUCUUUCAUUCCUACUUUUUCUUUCGCAGCAUCUAUGGACGCAAACCGUCAGGCGGCAACACUUUCCCCAAGGACCAGAUUGGGAAGUAG